CUGUUCAGCUCAUCGCUCGCUCGCAUAUUUUUCUCGCUAUCCCUUCCGAUCAGUUCGGUAGUUCUUAUUUCUAGUUUGCUGCUUUGUAACUAUGGCGAAGGCGGAGAAGAAGCCGGCGGAGAAGGCUCCCGCGGAGAAGACCAAGGCCGAGAAGAAGAUCCCCAAGGAAUCUGCUUCGUCUGACAAGAAGAAGAAGAAGAAGGCGAAGAGCGUUGAGACUUACAAGAUUUACAUCUUUAAGGUGUUGAAGCAGGUGCAUCCUGAUAUUGGGAUCUCGAGCAAAGCCAUGGGGAUCAUGAACAGUUUUAUUAACGAUAUCUUCGAGAAGCUUGCGCAGGAGGCUUCUAGACUGGCUCGCUACAACAAGAAGCCCACCAUCACCUCACGGGAGAUUCAGACGGCUGUCAGGCUUGUGCUGCCCGGCGAGUUGGCCAAGCAUGCCGUAUCUGAGGGGACCAAGGCCGUCACUAAGUUUACCAGCUCUUAGAAUUGUUAAAAGGGCCUUGACUUGGCAAUCUUUGAAUUAGGCAUUUCACAUUGUAAAGGGUUUGAAAAAUUUUAGUCCGUUCUCUGUACUGGAAGCUCAUCGUUAAAGCUUUAAUGGGAAAAAAAUUGCUUUUGUUUUCA